GUGGGACUCCAAAUUGCUUUCUUUGCCCGACUUGCUCUGUUCAUCAAAAUCAAUUUUACUUCUGCUCAGAAGAAAAGAAACCCCAAGAAUGUCACGUACGUUCUCUACCCCCGCGCGAUCAUUACUCCAGAUCAUCUGGAAAAAUACCGAGCGGGUCGCAAAGUACGAUGAUAUAAUCAUGAAAUCAGUUGAAGACAAUCCAAAACUCAAGAGUAAAGCCGAGAAAAUCGAAGUCGCAUAUAAAAAUCUUCUUUCCUUCCUACAAAGCCUCAGCUGAGUCUUCCUCGCCGGUAGUGGCCGAGAACAUCCAUCGCUGAAAGACCC